CGGGCGGCGCGGCGGCAGCCAACGGGCCCCUCGGCGCGGGCGCGGGCGGCGCCGCCCCCGGAGGCUACUUCGAGACUCCUUUUAAUUUUGGCAUGAAUCAUAGAACACCACCCUACCCCGCUGGGGAUUACUGUCUUCUGUGCAGAAGCGAGCGGAAAGACUCUUCGUUCUUAGAGAGUGGAGUAAAGACUGCAAGCAAGCUGGCCCUGUCCAUGGCGCCCAAGGGCAACAGCGUGCUGCACCUGCCUCUGUGGGUGUGCCCGGACUGCCGGCGCACCGUGGAGAAGGAGGAGCGGCGCGGCAGCCUCGACCCGCCGGCGGUGAGUGCCCGGCCCAGAGGAGCGGACCGGCCGCAGGGUCAAGACUUCCUCCUUCACUCCCCGCUCGGCGGCUCGCAGCCCGAGGCCGGUGGCGGGAGACUCACCCUGGGCGCUCAGCCGUUGCCCACGGCCGCCCCCUCGGACACCGCGUGCGCCUGCGAGGCCUGCAGCGAGCGCAGGGAGAUUUCGGCAGAGGCGGAGCGGGAACCUCAGCAGCUGCAGAACUACUGGUCGGAAGUGCGCUACACGGUCCGCUGCAUCUACCGGCAGGCGGGCACCCCGCUGGCGGACGACCAGGACCAGUCUCUGGUGCCCGACAAGGAGGGGGUGAAGGAGCUCGUGGACAGGCUCUGCGAGCGGGACCCCUACCAGCUGUACCAGCGGCUGGAGCAGCAGGCCAGAGAGUACGUGCUAGAGAUGAAGGUCCGGCUCCUGCGGCAGCUGUCGGCGGCAUCCAGGGUGAAGGCGCCGUCCGCCCUGCAGGGCCCCCCACAAGCUCACCAGUUCAUCUCCCUGCUCCUCGAGGAGUACGGUGCCCUGUGCCAGGCGGCGCGCACCAUCAGCACCUUCCUCGGCACGCUGGAAAAUGAACACUUGAAAAAGUUCCAGGUUACGUGGGAGCUGCACAAUAAGCACCUCUUUGAAGAUCUGGUCUUUUCGGAGCCGCUUCUCCAGAGCAGCCUGCCGGCACUAGUGUCACAGAUCAGGCUGGGGACCACGACGCACGACACCUGCAACGAGGACACGUACAGCACCCUGCUGCAGCGGUACCAGCGCUCCGAGGAGGAGCUGCGCGGGGUGGCCGAGGAGUGGCUGGAGUGCCAGAAGAGGAUCGACGCCUAUGUGGACGAGCAGAUGACAAUGAAAACCAAACAGCGCAUGCUAACAGAAGACUGGGAGCUCUUUAAACAAAGGCGGUUCAUGGAAGAGCAGUUGACGAACAAGAAGGCCAUCACUGGCGAGAACAGCUUCACGGACACCAUGAGGCACGUGCUGUCGUCGCGACUGAGCAUGCCCGACUGCCCCAACUGCAACUACAGGAGGAGAUGUGCUUGCGAUGACUGCAGCCUCUCACACAUCCUCACUUGUGGUAUCAUGGACCCCCCCGUCACUGGCGACAUCCACAUUCACCAGCUACCACUCCAGGUGGACUCUGCUCCCGACUAUCUCUCUGAGAUGCGCCCACCUAGCGUGUCAUCAGCAAGCUCAGGGUCAGGUUCCAGCUCUCCCAUUACAGUUCAGCAACAUCCCAGACUCAUCCUCACAGACAAUGGCUCUGCACCAACUUUUUGUAGUGAUGAUGAAGAUGUUGCACCAUUGUCAGCUAAAUUUGCUGAUAUUUAUCCACUGAGUAACUAUGAUGAUGCCGAGGUGGUGGCCAGCAUGAAUGGAAUCCACAGUGAACUGAACGGCGGCGGGGAAAACAUGGCCCUGAAGGAUGAGUCCCCUCAGGUAAGCAGUACCAGCAGUAGUUCUUCAGAGGCUGAUGACGAGGAGGCAGAUGGCGAAAGUAGUGGGGAGCCCCCGGGAGCCCCAAAGGAAGACACAGCUCUAGGAAACGGGAGCCCUGGGAAGGAGGAAAGUAAAGUGGACAGUCCACCCCCGUCUUACUCAACUCAGCAGGCAGAGCAAGCCCCAAACACUUGUGAAUGUCAUGUCUGUAAACAAGAGGCGUCUGGAUUGACACCGUCGGCAGUGACCGCUGGAGCCCUUCCUCCCGGCCACCAGUUCCUGAGCCCCGAGAAGCCCACACACCCCGCUCUGCAUCUUUACCCCCACAUCCAUGGACAUGUGCCCUUGCACGCCGUCCCACACCUGCCUCGCCCUCUCAUCCACCCCACCUUGUACACAGCGCCCCCCUUCACACACAGUAAGGCUUUACCGCCAGCACCUGUUCAGAAUCACACAAAUAAACAUCAGGUAUUCAAUGCAUCUCUUCAAGACCAUAUUUAUCCGAGCUGUUUUGGGAAUACUCCAGAGUGGAAUAGUUCUAAAUUUAUAAGUCUUUGGGGAUCAGAAGUGAUGAAUGAUAAGAACUGGAAUCCUGGCACUUUCUUGCCAGAUACAAUUUCUGGGAAUGACAUAUUAGGGCCAACACUCUCAGAAACAAGACCUGAAGCUCUUCCACCUCCAUCUAGCAAUGAAACGCCUGCAGUUCCUGAUAGUAAAGAGAAAAAAAACGCUGCAAAAAAGAAAUGUUUGUACAAUUUCCAAGAUGCUUUUAUGGAAGCAAACAAAGUUGUGAUGGCCACGUCGUCAGCCACUUCCUCCGUGUCCUGCACGGCCACCACGGUGCAGUCAAGCAACAGCCAAUUCAGAGUGUCGUCCAAGAGACCGCCCUCCCUCGGUGACGUCUUUCACGGCAUCAACAAGGAGGAUCACAGGCAUGGGGUGCCGGCGGCCCCGAGAAACAGCCCCACAGGUCUGGUGCCGCUUCCCGCCCUCCCUCCCGCCGCCCUCUCUCCAGCCUCUGCGCCUCACCUUGCGAGUCUGGCAGCCCCGUCCUUCCCCAAAACGGCCGCCACCUCUCCCGGGUUUGCGGAUUCACGCAAGAGCUUCUGUCCUGCUCCCGUGGCCCCCACCACAGACGGCUCCGUCAGCGCGCCUCCCAGUGUCUGCAGCGACCCCGACUGUGAAGGGCAUCGCUGCGAGAACGGCGUCUAUGACCCGCAGCAGGACGACGGGGACGAGACUGCGGACGAGGACAGCUGCUCCGAGCACAGCUCCAGCACCUCCACCUCCACCAACCAGAAGGAGGGCAAGUACUGUGACUGCUGCUACUGUGAGUUCUUCGGGCACGGCGGGCCUCCCGCUGCGCCAACAAGUAGAAAUUAUGCAGAAAUGAGGGAAAAGCUUCGUUUACGGCUGACCAAGAGGAAAGAAGAGCAACCUAAGAAAACGGAUCAGCUCUCAGAAAGGGAGAGUGUGGUUGACCAUCGAAGGGUGGAAGACUUGCUCCAGUUUAUAAACAGCUCGGAGACCAAGCCAGUGAGCAGCACCCGGGCCGCCAAGCGUGCACGGCAUAAGCAGAGAAAGCUGGAGGAGAAGGCACGCCUUGAAGCGGAGGCCCGGGCCCGGGAGCACCUGCACCUCCGAGAGGAGGAGCGGCGGCGGGAGGCGGAGGAGGAACGGCUUCAGGAGGAGCUUCGGCGGCUCCAGGGCCUCCAGACACUGCGAGCCGCGAAAAAGAAGAAGAAGGAGAGGCCAGGGAGGGCCUGUCCCAAGUUGGACAUGCUUGCCAGGAGUCUGCAGGCGACCACAGAAUCUGCGCCCGGCUCUGACCGCGUCCACAACGGCUCGCUGGAGCCGACCGAAGACCCAGAAACCUCCUCUCGCUCCCCCUGCAGAUACACGGACCACAGAGAGACGGGGCCGGGGCCGGGGCCGGGGGCCGACGCGGACACCCCCGACCCCGUGGCCGCCAGAGACUCCAAGCUCCUUCUGCCCAAGAGGGUCAACGGGAAGCAGCAGCAGCCGCUGUCCUUCCUCCUGGACAUGAUGCAUCAGCACAAGGAGGGAAGCAGCAGACAGAAGCUGAAGCACACCAGUAAUGCGGGCAGCGAGCCGGCGAGGAAGCUCUUGGAGCCCCCCAGAGCCUCCGAGGCCCAGCCCCGGUCCCGGCCCCAGGCUGAGGCAAAGGCCAGAGCGCUUGACCUCACGCCCCUGGCGGAGCACAGAAGGGAGGAGAGGAAAGUCAACAGCAACAACAACAACAGAAAGCAGCUGAACCACGUCCGGGAGGAGAAGCCCAGCCCGGGCCCCGCAGAGCCCGCCGCGCCCAGCGAGCACCCGCAGAGCGGCAAGCCGGUGCCAGCAGACUCUCCGCAGCCCAAGGGCAAGAGCAAGAAAAGCAAGAAGAAGAAGGGAGACAGAGGCAGCAGUUCAAUCGAUGAUGUCUUUCUGCCUAAAGAUAUCGACCUAGACAGUGUGGACAUGGACGAGACAGAGAGGGAAGUGGAAUAUUUCAAAAGGUUCUGUUUGGAUUCCGCUAGGCAGACCCGACAGAGACUGUCCAUCAACUGGUCCAAUUUCAGCUUGAAAAAAGCCACCUUUGCUGCCCACUGAACGAGGACCGCCUGGAGAGGGAUGCGCGGGCGGUGGGCCGGGCCCGGAGCUGCCAUGCCUGCCCCGGGCUGUGCGGGUGGGCCGCCGCACCCGAGCCCCCUCCCGACCGAGAACUUGCUGCUCGACCCGCAUUGUUAGCUCGUGUGCGUGUAGUCUGUGAGUGAGCCGCCUUGACCGUAGCUCUGCCGUCGGAUCGGAACAGUAGCUCUGCCACCUUCUCCACCGCCGCGGCCUCGGAGGCCUGGGCCGCGGCCGGAUGGGUUCGCAUCCCCACGUGGCCCGUUGCCUCUGUGUCUCGCCCUGUCCCGCCACCUGUCCUGCCGGGGUGUCGCUGCGCUCAGCUCUCUGUGCCCUGCGUCCCACCCGAGGUGGCCGGGCAGGGCAGGGCUCUCCGUUCUCCUCCACAAUCUACUGUUUAAGAGUGUACACGUCGCGCUGUCCGUGUCUGAUCCCCCUGACUUGUAGCCAGCUUGUGUAAGAUCCCUUGCAGAAUGAGAAAGUUCAAAAACAAAACACCCACCCAGUACUCACACCAUCAAGUCUGUUAGAGUGUUCGGCUGUAUUAACACGGAGGCCUGCCUGGCUACUUUUUUAACAUAUUGUUAAGUAAUAUUAAAAUCAUGUCUUUCUUUUUGAAAGAUGGAAUACAUUAGUA